AUGGCUUCAAACACUUUCUCUGACUUCAAAUUAACUAGCGAAUUGCCAGCUUACAAAGAAUUGCAACAAUUGUUCAAUUCAACUGGUAAAGAUUUAAAAAUUAUUGAUGAAUUUAAAGGUGAUACUAAAAGAUUUGAAAAAUAUUCAAAAGAAUUUACAAAUUAUGAUGGUUCUAAAAUUUUAUUUGAUUUCUCCAAAAAUAUCUUCAAUGAUGAAAUUUUUGGUAAAUUAGUUGAAUUAGCUAAACAAGCUGGUGUUGAAAAAUUAAGAGAUGAUUUAUUUAAAGGUGAACAUAUCAAUUCUACUGAAGAUCGUGCAGUUUUCCAUGUUGCUUUAAGAAACAGAGCUAAUAAACCAUUAUACGUUGAUGGUGAAAACGUUGCUCCAGAAGUUGAUGCUGUUUUACAACAUAUCAAAGAAUUCUCAAAUCAAGUUAGAUCUGGUGAAUGGAAAGGUUAUACCGGUAAAAAAAUCACUGAUAUUGUUAACAUUGGUAUUGGUGGUUCUGAUUUAGGUCCAGUUAUGGUUACUGAAGCUUUAAAACAUUAUGCUUCUCCAGAUUUAAAUGCUUAUUUCGUUUCAAAUAUUGAUGGUACUCAUAUUGCUGAAACUUUAAAAAGAGUUAAUCCAGAAACUACUUUAUUUUUAAUUGCUUCAAAAACUUUCACUACUGCUGAAACUAUCACUAAUGCUAAUUCUGCUAAAUCUUGGUUCUUAGAACAUACUAAAGAUGAAUCAGCUAUUGCUAAACAUUUUGUUGCCUUAUCAACAAAUGCUGAAGAAGUUGCUAAAUUUGGUAUUGAUACUAAAAAUAUGUUUGGUUUUGAAAAUUGGGUUGGUGGUCGUUAUUCAGUUUGGUCAGCUAUUGGUACUUCAGUUGCCUUAUACAUUGGUUAUGAUAAUUUUGAAGCUUUCUUAAAAGGUGCUGAAGCUGUUGAUCAACAUUUUGUUGAAACUCCAAUUGAAAAUAACAUUCCAAUUAUUGGUGGUUUAUUAUCUGUUUGGUAUAAUAACUUCUUUGAUGCUCAAACUCAUUUAGUUGCACCAUUUGAUCAAUAUUUACAUAGAUUCCCAGCUUAUUUACAACAAUUAUCAAUGGAAUCUAAUGGUAAAUCAGUUACUAGAGGUAAUGUUUUCACAAAUUAUUCAACUGGUUCAAUCUUAUUCGGUGAACCAGCUACUAAUGCUCAACAUUCAUUCUUUCAAUUGGUUCAUCAAGGUACUAAAGUUAUUCCAACUGAUUUCAUCUUGGCUGCUCAAUCUCAUAACCCAAUCCAAGAUAACUUACAUCAACGUAUGUUGGCUUCAAAUUAUUUUGCUCAAGCUGAAGCUUUAUUGACUGGUAAAGAUGAAGCUCAAGUUAAAGCUGAAGGUGCCACUGGUGGUUUAGUUCCUCAUAAAGUCUUUUCAGGUAAUAGACCAACAACUUCAAUCUUGGCUCAAAAAAUCACACCAGCUGCUCUUGGUUCAUUAAUUGCUUAUUAUGAACAUUUAACUUUCACUGAAGGUGCUAUCUGGAACAUUAACUCAUUUGAUCAAUGGGGUGUUGAAUUAGGUAAAGUUUUAGCUAAAGUUAUUGGUAAAGAAUUAGAUGAUAAAACUCCAGUUGAAACUCAUGAUCAAUCAACUAAAGGUUUAAUCAACCAAUUCAAAGAAUGGUCUGCUUAA